UUUUUUCCAUUUAACAUCAAGCACAACUAAAAUGGAGCUCGAAGGCACGAUUGGGAGACGAGUGAAAAUUUCAUUAGAUGAUGGCAGCGAUAUUGAUGGAUUUGUGCAUUCCUUCAGUGCACACUCAGGAAAAAUAUCUUUGGAUAAGGUCCAAUGUAUUGAAAACGGUAGAAAAAAGAAACUGGUUGGACUUCAGCAUUAUUUUGCAGAGGAAAUUCAAACAAUUAUUGUUACCGAAGAUGUUUGUAAAAACAAGAAAAAGGCAAAAGCUCAAGAAAGCAGUAGUGGUUAUGGUAAAGGAGGGAUGCUUAGAGGUAAAUGUGAAAGUAGCCAUUUGAACAGAUUACAGUUUGUGGACCCAUCUUCUCUCAUCUUGAAGAAUAAAAAGUUAUUAGAUGAUACAUUGACGUCAUCAGGCAAUGAGACCGGAUCUAGUGAUUCUGACUAUAUCAACGCCCUUCCACAGUCAGACGAAUACACCAUUAUACCCAAACUAUGCAGUACCUUUUAUGAGGCAAUUACAUAUAUAAAGAAACAUCAAGUGAUUGGUGUUGCCAUGGAGGGAGUUUCAAUUGGAAGAUUUGGUAAAUUGUGCUGGCUACAGGUUGCUGUUCCAGAUCAUGUGUUUAUGUUUGAUGUACUGCAAAUGGGCAGAGCCUUUUUUGAUGAAGGAAUGAAAGAUAUUCUAGAAAAUGAACAUAUACUCAAGGUGUUACAUGACUGUCGUAUGGUAUCAGAUAUAUUACAUCACCAGUAUGAUAUCAACAUGAUCAAUGUCUUUGAUACUCAGGUUGCCAAUGUGUUUGUGUAUAGAUUGAGACACCAUCGAGAUUGGCCAAGAUAUGUAGAGGGUCUAGCGUCGGCUCUUGUUCAACAUUUAGAUGUCUCGUUGGAUGAAGUUAAUUGGGCAGUGGUCAGGGAGAGACGCAGAGAGGAAGAUGAGGAGGUGUGGCGGGAGAGGCCUCCACAGCAACAUCUUGUGAAUGCUGCUGUUAAGAAUGUGAAACAUUUGCUUGAUCUCCGUGUUGUUUUGAUGGAGAAAAUGAUGGAAGAGUAUGUGGCUGGUGUCAAUAUUUACCUCAUGCAAGUACGAGACGCUUCCGAUAGAGAUGCUAAACGAUACCAGACUACUCCCCAUCUUUUACCAGUUGCAUUUCAAGACAUCUCUGCCUUCAUGAAAUCAUCUAGAAACAGGAAUAUUAACUUCAGUGUACGUGAAAUACCAAAGGACAUGAAUGGUUUCCGAGAGAACUGCACCGGUAUUAAUCAACCCCAUAUUUACUACUCUAAAGACUCAAUCUGGCAUGCAGGAUCAAGGAAAACUGACACCUCUACUCCAGCUGCUGCCACAGGAAAAGUUUCCUCAACAAAUCAAAUGUCUGUUGACAAAAACUCUGCUCAAAAAUCUCAGGAAAAUGUUUCCGUCCAAUCACCAAAACACGUCCAGCAACCCUCCCCUUGUGUUGCCGACUCUGACUCAGGUAGUAAAGUGUCAGUCCCUACCCAGAGACUUGAAGAUGCUUCUCUAGAUAGUGACAAUUACUCUGUUCAAUCAAGCCAAUCUGUUGUUCCUUCACGGAGAAAUCUUCAUAGAUCUCCGGACAAUGAUCUUGUCGCUAAAGCAGUUGCAGGAAUGAAUGCCAGAAAGUUAGAAAUGGAUGAGGGACUGUCGAAAUCGGAAAACCAUAAAUCGGGAUAUAAUGCCAGCAACGUUGAUACAUUUGAAGAAGCAUCUGAAUUAAGUGCCGAAGUGUCUGCCGGAGGAGAAUUAAGAGGAGGGAGUUUAAUGCGAGCAUUAGUUCAUGAACAAGACAUAUCUGGUUACGAAGCAGCAGCUGAUAUAGAAAGUUUUACUAUAAUGCCUGCAGGUAAGAUGAUCAAAGUUGAUAAAAAGGCAAAUUCAAAAUCAGGCAGUGCAUUGAAUAGUGUUGCAAAAGAUGAAAAUGCUUUUUCUCAUUCAACAAAUCUCUCAUAUAACAACAGACAAGGUGUAAAUGGAAACAUAUCUCCAAUUCGUCGACCAGUUGCACACAGUCCAUGUGAGAUAUUAAGACCUGCCAUACCAGGUGGAGAUAUUGCUACAACUUCCCCACCAAGGAGAUCAGGCCUUUCUGAACAAGAACUCCUUCUUCUUGAAAGAUUACAGAAUACUCGUGCAUCUGUAAUGUAUGAAGAAAAUAUUUCUGCUAAAAAGCAGUUCCAAUCUUUAUCAGACACUGAUUUACCAGUACAGGAACCAUCGUCUCAGGGAGCUUCUAGAAGUAAUCGUCUCAUGGAACAGCUUCAGGGAAAAUUGUCGCCUCAGUAUCAUUUGGGUAACCAAGGUAUCUCAAGAUUAAAUCCGUCUACUAAAGAAUCAUAUUCUCCUGUACAUUAUAUGCAUGAUCAAGAAAGUGGAUGUGAAAGCAGUGGUACAGAAAGUCAGGGAAGUCCUAUUUCUCCUACGUCAUCACAAACUAACGCUAAACUACACAACUUAUUACAAAAACUGAAACAACAACAAUCGGUUUAGCUGAAAAAAAUAUUAGGAAUUACCACUGAAAAAAAAUAGCUGAAAAAAAUAUUAGGAAUUACCACUGAAAAAAAAUAGAAAAGUGAAAGCAAAUUGAUUAUAUGGAAUAUUUUACUUCCGGUAAUUUUGUUAUAAUCAUUGAUCAGAUUAUAAAGAUUUUUUAACCAUUUUUUUGUAAAAUGUUAGAAAUGUUUUGUUUUUACUGAGCCUAAGUUGUAGUGCUGAUGUUUUUUUGAUGCCUUUUUCUUUACUAAUUUUGUUGUUAUAACAUAAUAACCACCAUUGUGUUCAUCAGUCGUCCUUAUGUUCUGUUUAAAUCUGGAUAUUCAUUUAUCAUGGAAGAGAAGAUCUUAAUACUUACUGUGUG